AUAUUGAUACAAACGAAAACAAGUGGUCUGUUUGUGCGAUCGUGUCACAGUGUAAUAUAUUUUCGCAUAAAAAAGAAAGACAAAUUUGAAAAAAAUUAUAAUAAGUGAGUUUCAUAUUAAAAGUUGGUUUUCACAAUUGCUAAGCUUGAAACUUAAGUCGGCCAGAGAGUAUCUGAAAUGUUGUGGUAUCAACAUAUCCUGUUUGGCCUUACGGUCACACUAUAUUUGGGUGUGGCCUCAUCACAGUAUUCGACCAAUAUGUUCCUUAACGGCGAAUAUCAGAACGGCAUCAAAGCGAAUCCAAGUAAAUUGAACACCAUAAAUCCAACACCGAACAUUUUUCUAGAGCACGCAAUCAUAAGCCGACAGGCGUCACCCUUCCAAGGUCCCACCUACUUGCCGCCGGAUGAAAUUCUGAAGUGUUCCGCUGGAAAACAAUGUGUUUUGAAAGAGCAAUGCAUUGAUGGCUACUUCUCUAAUCCAACGCAAAAGGCUCAGAACUGUAAGCCAACAACACACACCUGCUGCAUAUACCGUCCACCCCCACAGCCAACAACAACAACGGAGCGCCCAUUUGAGAUAUGCUCAAAGGAUUACGAUUGUGUGCCCUCACGUUUUUGCAAUAACGGUGAAAUAGAUUCAGCAGAUUAUGUCAAGAAACCCAAGAGUGAUCGCUGCUACUCACCUGAUGUGUGUUGCCGGAUACCCUCUACCACACUAACUGACGAUGGGUAUGUACUUCGAACACCGGAAGUGAAAUUCACCAUCCCAACAACUGGUAGACCCUACCCAUCUUCAGCCACUCAACAAUUGUCUUCGCCUCGUCAGCCACCAACGAAUCCGCAACGGGAAUAUUUGCCGCCUAGCACAUAUGCUCCCACACCAAAACCAAUAACUCCUCGUAAUGAAUAUGUACCAUCGGCAGGAACUACGCCAUCGCGCCCAGUAUUUACACAAACUUCUUUUAGACCAGUUGUUACCUCAACUAAAGCCUAUCCAUCGCCUCAACCACAACCUCAACCUCAACCUCAAUCUCAACCUAAACCGCAAUAUCAACCUCAACCUCAAUCUCAACCUAAACCGCAAUAUCAACCUCAACCUCAACCUAAACCGCAAUAUCAACCUCAACCACAGUCUCAACAAAUUCCACAGCCGCAACCAAGACCACAAACACAACCUCAAUACCAACCUCAACCUAUACCACAACCCCGACCUUCAUCCCAGCCCCAGCCCGGUCUAAGACCACAAAACGAAUACUUACCACCACGCCCUGAAUAUCAACCCACUGACUAUCAUGCUACACAAUCUUCAAAUACAGUACUGCAAACCGUUACUGCCGCUCCUCCAAGAAUACCAAAGCCUACGCCACCGCAGAGAGGUGAAGACAUUCUAUCGCUUCCUCUUGACAACCGUCAACAUUUGUCCAAGUGCGCGUCUGCUCUAGAGUGUACACCGGAAAACUUUUGUAAUAGUAUCGGUGUGAUAACAGAUCAACCGGUGGACGUGUCACCGGCAGAAGCAGCCUUCCGCGUUCCUCUUACCGAUUGUCUUCUCGAGAACGGUUCACCUGGUAAAUGUUGUCGUGACGCUAAUUAUGUUGAUCCUUGGCCCAUAAAUUUGGCCGGUGUAUGUGCAGCAAGAAACUUGAAUACUAAGCCGCAGGGCAUACAAGACAUCGACGCGAACUUUGGAGAGAUUCCCUGGCAAGCAAUGAUCCUGAAGGAAUCGACCAAAACAUUACUCGGUGGUGGAGCCAUAAUUGGGGAUCAAGUUGUUUUGACAGCAGCCUCAGUUGUUAAAGGUGUGUCACCAAAUGACUUGAAAGUUAAAGGAGGUGAAUGGGAGCUCGGCAGAGACAGUGAGCCAUUGCCUUUCCAAAUAGUCGGUGUUAAAUCGAUUGACAUACAUCCCGAAUACAAUCCAUCUACGGGCUCGAAUGACAUGGCAGUGCUACGAUUGGAUAAGAGAAUAGAAUUUGCCCAACACAUCAAGCCAAUAUGCGUUACUAACGAAGAUCCAAAACCGGGAGAGAAGUGCAUCACCACUGGCUGGGGGAAACAAGCAAUUAAUUCACACGAGGAGGGAGCCAUCAUGCACGUUUCGAACACAGUACCCCAGGCAAGAUCUGAUUGCGGAGCUGAUGAAAGUAGUGUUUGCAGCUCAGUUGUUCAUGAUCCUUGCCUUUUUGACAUUGGCAGCGCUUUGGCCUGUGGUAGUGGCUCAAGUGUUAUGCUUAAAGGUAUAUACGCAGCUGAGAACGGCUGUGGAGACGGUCAAACAGUGCGGUUCUCGAAGCCCGAUCUAAAAUGGGUUAACGGGUUCUUCACACUUCAGAAUAAGGAUAAAUUACUGAAGAAGAGGCGUGUGUAAAAUUGUUUAGGUAAAAAGACUUAAUAUGAGUUACCUUACUUUAGCGAAUGUCAAUAUUACAUACAGUUCACCGAACCACUAUAGAGUAUCGCACUCCCACCAUCACCAAUAUAGUAUGUAUGUAGGUAUGUGUAUGCUUCCAGCGUUGCCUCAAACCCAAAUAUCUCAAUAGUUAUAGCCCAGCCUUAAAAUUCAUUUGGUGAUUUGUGGAACGAUCAACUAAAUAUUAAAAAAUGUUAAGCAAAAUAUUCUAUUUUAUUUUAUUUUAUUGUAUUUCAUUUUUUCAUAAGGUUUCCCUUUCUAUUGUGUAUAGAGUUUGAAAUAAAUGUGUUUCCUCAAUUUUAGCAUAAAAGCAAAGAUAUUGUCUAAAGCCCCUAUUAAAUGCACCUCUCGAAGAAAGUUGAAAAAACUUCGCUUUUAGUUGAGUUGAGUUCUAAUUGUUUAAAUAAGUAUAAUUUAGUUCGUACAUAGUAUCUAUUAUGUGCCUGAUUCAAUGAUUAAGCUCAUUUAUAAUCUUGUUUCAUUGUCGUUUUAUUAUUUAACGAUUUCUUAAUUACAUGUAAAACUGACUCCUAUAUAAAUAAAAUAUUUAUAAAUAAUAUUAUAUGAGAUUAUGUAAAUUUUAUGUAAACUAUGUAUGUAUAUGAUAAAUCUAUUUAAAUAUAAUAAAAUGUGUUAUAUCUAAUCUAAAGCGUCAA